AUGAACGAGUUAAUCUUACUAAUGAGUUUUCAUCUGCUUGGAUCUGUCAGAGGAGCAUUAGAUCAGUCUGAUGAGCCUCUGGGCUCAAUGGAUCAUCAAGCUCCAGUUCAGCAACUUUCAAGUGAAUACUUUUCACUUGCAAACCCUUCAGAUGUUGAGGCUUUAUAUGAGACUUCUUCAAGUGAGAAUGUUUUAAGUGAGCAUGGUUCCAGCGAGCAUAGUUCAAGCGAACAUUCUGAGAGUGAGCACACUUCUGGUGAACAUGCUGAGGGUGAGCAUUCAAGUGAACAUGUAAGUGAGCAUGCUUCAGGUGAACAGCCUUCAGGUGAAAAGUCAUCAGGUGAACAUGCUUCAGGUGAACAGCCUUCAGGUGAACAUGCUUCAAGUGAACAGCCUUCAGGUGAACAUGCUUCAAGUGAACAGCCUUCAGGUGAACACGCUUCAAGCGAACAGCCUUCAGGAGAACAACCUGCAGGAGAACAAUCUGCAGGAGAACAAUCUGCAGGAGAACAGCCUUCAGGUGAACAUAGUUCAGGUGAACAGGCUUCAAGUGAACGUAUUUCCAGUGAACAGUCUUCAGGUACGUUAAGUUGCUACACAUGCGCCUAUAUGACUGAGCAAGGAAAAUGCCUUCGUGGUGAGGGAGUCUGCACCACUCAGAAUUCUCAGCAAUGCAUGCUAAAGAAGAUAUAUGAAGGUGGAAACCUCCAAUUCAUGGUUCAGGGGUGUGAGAACAUGUGCCCAUCUAUGAACCUCUUCUCCCAUGGAACGAGGAUGCAAAUUAUAUGCUGUCGGAAUCAAUCUUUCUGCAACAAGAUCUAG